AUGAAUGCCACAAGCAGUAUAAUGAUCAUAAAUGAGAGCAUGGCCGGGAUCUCAACGGAAAGUAUAGAUAUAGUCAGCAAAAUAAACCAAUCAUUUGAUGUGAACUAUGAUCAAACUACUAUCCAACAGGAUGAUUCUGAAUCCGAAGGAGGGCUUAGACGAGUACCAUUAAUCUUGGGCUAUAGCCUGGUUAUUAUCGUCACUAUCAUUGGCAACUUGUUGGUGAUCUUAGCUUACUGCCGCCAUUCUCAGGUACGUGCCAUCCCUACCAAUACACUCAUCUUCAGUCUGUCAAUAUCGGACUUUCUGAUAGGUACCUUGGUAUUGACCAUCAACCUGCAUUGGGUAGCCGAAGACUCCUGGAUGUUUGGUGAGGUCGUUUGCAGGUUGUGGUCAACUUUGGAUUACUCUGCAACCUACAUGUCCACAGUGAUAAUCAUGCUGAUAAGUCUCGAUCGGUUUUUACUGAUGUCUCAGAAAACACGGUAUCGUACUGUUUGGACUCGUAAGAGAGUUACCAUCAUCAUCUUGGUGUCUUGGUCAUGUAGCAUCGCUAUCUAUUUCUGUGCCGCAUUCGCGAUGAGCGGUGCAGACCUUGUCGAUUUCCAAGACGAAUGCGAACUGGAAAUUGUGUAUCUUUUGCCUUUCACAAUCGGUACUCUGAUCUUCGAAUUUGGGAUUCCAUUGCCGAUCAUCGUGUGGCUGAAUGUAUCAGUGUAUUAUCAAAUUCAUCAACGAUCAAAGAAUCUCCGAAGGUUCAAGACCAAUCUCGGUUUGCCUUCAACGGAGCCACGCAAUGGUAAUGAGAGUCAGACGCACCUUGAGGUGCGUAGUAUGUCACAUGAAGCAGAUCCUUCUGAUCUUCCUUCUGUCUCGAAUGUGAACACGGAUCGAUGGGCAGAACCUGUGCUAGCAGUCAUGUCCAGCCGCAAGAAUCGAUCAUUGCGUUCCUUUCUCAUCCCUGGUGUGAACAAUCCUUCAACCUCCCAAGUUCAGAAUGUGCCUAAUCCCGGAAAGCAACGCGUGACGACAUAUCAGCAACAUAAGCGUGUAUUCACCCGUCACAAGAAAGCAGCUUUGACCCUGUCCAUCCUGGUGGGAACGUUCCUUGUCUGCUGGCUGCCAUUCGAGAUCGUCAGCAUCCUACAGGCGAUGUGUGGUGAUGAUGAAUGCUUCUCAGAGACUACAUGGGAGGUUGUCAAUGGUCUACUGUGGGGUAACUCUGCACUCAAUCCCAUCCUCUAUGGCCUUACUAACCCGACCUUGAGGAGGUACAUGAUUAACUUUGGUGGAUGUCAACAACGCUGUCGUCGACCCAUCGUGAGAGUUGGACCUGUCGUUUCAUGA